UUCAAUGGAAGAAUGCUGUGACAAGGGUAUUGAAUGGGCAAAUAAAAACAGAAUAUGUACUUCUCUACCAUUAAUAUCUGAGUCCAGAGAAUGCAGCAUGACUCAGGUACAGUGCUGCCACAGCCAGAUGGAGAAGCAGUAUUGUUCAGAUGGGAUUGAAUUUGCCAACGUGCGUGAGGAGUGUGACUCACAUACUGGUGAAAAUUCCACCUGUGAAGCUGAAUACUUCAAGACAUGUUGUUACUGUUGCUUGCUGGGAAAGGCUGCCCAAGUUCAAGGACAGAGUUGUGAACCCAACCCGAAGACGGGAUACCAGUGUGGAAUUGUCUUCAAAGCUUGCUGUGUGAAGGGUCAAGAAGGCAUUGAUGUGUCCGUCAGCGAUGAUGCUCCUAAAAAGGAGCAAGUUAUUUCAAAGGAGGAGCUAGACCAAGAAGAUCCUUAUCUGCAUGAUGGCUGUAGAGGUGGUGGCCCCUGCUCUCAGCAGUGCAGAGACACAGGAUCCAGUUAUGUCUGCUCCUGCUUUGUUGGAUAUCAGCUUCAACCAGAUGGUGUCAACUGUGAAGAUAUUAAUGAGUGUAUUACUGGGACACACAGCUGUGGGAUUGGACAAACUUGUGUCAAUACAUUAGGAUCCUUUCGCUGUCAGCGGGACACGAGCUGUGGAACUGGUUAUGAACUAACAGAUGACAGUCGUUGCAAAGAUAUUGACGAAUGUGAGACUGGUACUCAUAACUGCCCUCCUGAUUUUAUCUGUCAGAAUACUCCGGGAUCUUUCCGUUGCAGACCCAAGCUACAGUGCAUGAAUGGGUUUAUACAAGAUGCGCUAGGCAACUGUAUUGAUAUCAACGAAUGCCUGAGCACCAACAUGCCAUGCCCAGCUGGACAGGUGUGUAUUAACACUGAUGGCUCAUAUACCUGCCAGCGAAUCUCGCCCAGCUGUGGCCGAGGCUAUCAUCUCAAUGAGGAUGGAACAAGAUGUGUAGAUGUGGAUGAGUGCUCAUCCUCUAAUCAGCCUUGUGGAGAAGGACAUGUUUGUAUAAAUGCCCCAGGCAAUUACCGUUGUGAGUGCAAAUCUGGCUAUUCUUUUGAUGUCAUCAGUAGAACUUGUAUUGAUAUCAAUGAAUGCAGACGCUAUCCAGGUCGUCUUUGUGCUCACAAGUGUGAGAAUACUCCUGGUUCCUAUUAUUGCACUUGUACCAUGGGAUUCAAACUUUCAACUGAUGGCAGGUCAUGUGAAGAUUUAAAUGAGUGUGAGAGCAGCCCUUGUAGUCAAGAGUGUGCCAAUGUGUAUGGCUCCUAUCAGUGUUACUGCCGCCGUGGCUUUCAACUUAGUGACAUAGAUGGGAUUUCAUGUGAAGAUAUUGAUGAAUGUGCUUUACCUACUGGAGGACAUAUCUGUUCCUUUCGAUGUAUUAAUAUUCCUGGAAGCUUUCAAUGUACUUGUCCCUCCACUGGUUACAGGUUGGCACCCAAUGCACGCAACUGCCAAGAUAUUGAUGAGUGCGUUGCAGAAAGCCACAACUGCUCUUUCAAUGAAACCUGCUUUAACAUCCAGGGGGGCUUUCGCUGUCUGUCUUUGGAAUGUCCAGAAAAUUAUCGCAAGUCGGGAGAUACUCGCUGUGAGCGCUUGCCUUGUAAUGAAAAUAAGGAGUGCCAGAGCCUGCCUCUGAGAAUAACCUACUAUCACCUCUCUUUUCCUACCAACAUUCAAGUACCCACCGACAUUUUCCGCAUGGGCCCUUCCAAUGCUGUCCCUGGGGAUAAAAUUCUGCUGUCCAUCAUCAGCGGGAACGAGGAGGGUUUUUUCACCACAAAAAAAGUGAACAACCACAGUGGCAUUGUGGUCAUGCAGCGGCAAAUCGCAGAGCCCAGAGACCUUCUUCUGACAAUGCAAAUGCAACUUUCCCGCCAUGGAACUGUCAACACAUUUAUUGCCAAACUUUUUAUCUUUGUCUCUGCACAGCUUUGAUCCCUAACUUACAGACAUCAUUGGCUACUUUAUCUCUUCUAAAGUAGUUUUUUUUUUCCCCAAUUUUAAUAAAGUUUUAGCUCAUCUGUU